AUGGCACACAAACAGUUGGUCGUAGUUCUGGGAAGCGGCAGUGUUGGGAAAACAAGCAUACUGCACAAGUACCUAAACGGAACGUUUUCUCACAAAUACACACAGACAGUUGAAGACGUGUACUCUACUGACGUUUGUAUUGAUGGCGAACGAAUUAUGAUUGAGUUCUUAGACACAUCAGGAUCUAUUGAAUUUCCUGCUAUGAGGCGGCUAGCGAUACAGAAGGCGAACGCUUUUGUGCUGGUGUUUGCUCUCGAUAGGGAGGAAUCGUUUGCCGAGGUGAAACGAACAUGGAGGGAGAUCAAGGCUUCUAGAAACGACCAGAAAGAUACACCUUGUAUCGUGAUAGGAAACAAGCUGGACAGGGAAAACUACCGAGAGGUGGAAUAUUUUGAAGCACUGAACUGGGUUGACAACAAUGGUUUGGAAGGAAUGAUGCAAGAGGUAUCUUCGAAGACAGGAGCAAAUUUUGACAACGUUUUUGCAAAAUUAUUCAAACAGAUACAUGUCUGCAAAGCAUAUCAACAAAUUGCACUCAAUACUCAGUCACGCAAGAACAUACGUAUUAAAAAACGUGACAACAUUGCCACUACAAGCCACAUAACAAGAUCGGGUUGUUGCUUUGCUUUUGGAAAAAGGAAAGAAACUUCAUAA